AUGCUGCGACUCGCUGGCUUCGCACUGCGCAGCAAGAACAGACGGCUGCCGCACGCGAUAGCUGCCCUCCCAGCCCCGGCGCUGCGCCACGGUUGGGGAAACAUCGAGCGCAUGUCGGACGAUGAUCGCCGCGACGUGGUGGCGGGCGCGUGGACGCACGCGAAGCCUGUGCGGCUGCUGCCGGACACUGCUGACCGGGACUCGGGAGGGUUUGUUGACGGCGUGCACUUCAGCACCGACGAUGAGGCGGAGGCGUUCUUGGCGGAGGAGGCGACUGACGAGGCGGCUGAAAGGGGAAUCCCAGCGCUGCAGCUGGCGCGUGACUUCUUCGAGGAGUUGGCGCAGACAGCCGACAGCGAGGUGGACGUGGAGAACGCGCUCGUGGCCACUGGCACCUCGGACGCCGACCGCGCGGAUGAGGAGCGCGACGUAAACCGCCAUUUUUUUGCUGAUUUUUACGUGCAGCAGGGGUUGAUUUGUGAAGAGGAACGGUACCGCUUUGUGGAUUCUAUGCUCCGGCCGCCCACUGCCAUGGUGAUGGUGAACGCCGGAUUGCCGUUUGUGCGGCUUAUGGUGCAGUGCCAACUGGAGCGCCACAUGCGCGACGCGCAGGCCGAGCAAACUGGUGCAGUGUUUGUGCCUAACGCGGCACACUCGCUGCUUUAUAUGGUGGACAUGGUGCCGACGCAGCGCAUUGGGGACCCGCUGCGGCUGCCGUACAACGAGGAACGUUCUAUCCUCGCUAAGCGGGGGGCAGGGGAUGAGGUUGGGGAUGGGCAUAAGGGCGAUGGGCACGUUUCGACAGCGUCAAAACUCACAGCUGACUCAAAGACCGAAUUAAUUGGUCUCGAGGCGGAUCUCAUGGAGGCGCUGAUGAAUGAUGAGGCGGGUGUAGGUCAACUCGCACCUGUGGGAAAUAGGGAAGGUGAGAACACUUCGGAUGAUCUGCUCCCUGACAGACAGCAGGAAGAGACGGCUGUAAGGGUGCAGCCGCAGGUUGCGAGGGCACCGCUUUCGAUUGGGCAUGUGUACUGGCUGCAGCGACAGGUGGCUGCCGGUACACUCGUUGACAUGGAUCCGCUAGGGGUAAUGAUCCCUCUGGUUCUUGGUCUGCACCGUUGCGAUAGUGGUGGAAUUAUUCUGGAUAUGUCCAGUCGCUCCCACGGCGUGCAACAGUGCGUUUACAGCAAGGAUAUUGCGAGUCACUUGACGGUCUCACGAACUGACCAGCAGUCGGAAAGGGAGCGCGUCUCUGAAGUCGUCGUCAUAUCGCUUGUGUCACCGGACACUAGCCAGAGGAAAAUGGAAUACCACCACGACAGGCAGAAGGGUAUUAAGGCCAGCCAUGAGGACAUUCCGGCCGAGAAUGGGCUGAUUGUGGAUGACCUGCAUCAGCACGUGGAAUACCACUUGGGUAUUGAGGGCUGCAUCACGGCACGAGGCCCCUCACGCCGUGUAUGGGACUUGUUAAGGAGGGUGUGCGACGUGGUGUUGUGCUGUCCCGAUACAACGGCAGACGGACGCAGGCCACGCGCGGCGUUGGGCACUGGGGGAAAGGAAGAUACGGCUGAAAUGACCGUUGCAAACAACUUCGUCUCUGUCUGCUCAAGGGUCAAUAAACUAUUUCCAUACUUGCGACGCGAACUCGCACAAGCGCUGGAAUACGCGAGCCCUCGCGGGGGGCGGGUUGUGUACGCAACACGUAGCAUGAAUCCGCUCGAGAAUGAGGCGGUUGUAUGCUCUGUACUCACAGACUUUAGGCGCAAACAUCCGGAAUGUACGUAUCGCCCUGUUUCUAUACUAGAGAAGCAACCAGAAGAUGUGGUGGAUGUGCUACACACCCUUAUGGAUGGAAGCCAGCACGGACUGCAGACGUGGGUGGGCCUAGAAAAUGGACCACCAGAGCAGGAAGUGACGUACAGCGACGAAGACGUUAUUGCGGCUGUCACCCGCCACGCAUGGCGAGCGGAUCCGCUUAAGACUGAGGGUGAUGUCUCUUUUAUUUGCGUCAUUGAGUUGCAAGAAUCUUCUAUGGAUUUGUUAUCAUCAUCAUCAUCAUCAUCAGUGACACAGCCGCUACCGUUGCUACGGCCACUGCAACCGUCAGAUGAAGCAAGUGCUGUCACCCCUCCUCUCUGUGCCUUCCCAUGGCUCGACACUGUCUCUCUGCGUGGGCGCUGGGGCCUCGCAAUCCACUGGGACGAGGAGAGAGAUGCCUUUUUAGCUGUAACGUCGUCCGUGCUGCUAACGAUGGAGGCUUUCCGUCGUAAUCACUCGCUAGACGGUUAUAGUGUCAGUGAUUACGGUGUUCGUGUGGAUGCUCCUCUUACAUCUCAUGGGCGGUUGCGGCGGCGGCAGCAGCAGCAGCAGCAGCAACGACAAGAGCAGGAGAGUGUCGUGAGCUGCUCGUUAGGUGGCACCUCGCUUGCCCUCGCUUUUAGUGACUGUGUUCGAGAGAAGGACCGACCGUCACGCCUCCUUGAAUUCCCUGUCCCUGUUCUCCUGGACUUGCUGCAUGCAAGGCGUCUUUCCUCGCAGCGUCUCAGUCAACUGCUUGCUGGCACGCCAGCUGCGCCAUCGUUAGCUGCGGCAGCGGCCACAUUACCGCCAAUUGGGGAGAAGCGAACGGUCUUCUUGAAGGCAGUGCCACCAGCGGCCUUUGAUCCAGGGUUGAGCGACAUGGAGCUGCAUGAGACGGUGACAGACGAGCUGCGCAAACUGGUUAUUGUGGCCCACGUCCAUGCAGACCGCCGACCGCUGGAGCAUGGGGCCAACUUUGUGUUGACACUGGGAUGCACAACGGCGCAUGAGCGGGGCCUGUUGGAGGAGCGUGUGGUGGCAAUUGGUGACGCACUGCAGUUUUUGCUGCGUCGACUCGGCCAUCCACUAGAGGUCUGCCGGCCCGGCAGCAACGAGGGAGACCAGCAGGCUCAGAUGCAGGAGGACGAAUACGAGGUGGAGCGGCAGGCCCCCUCACCGCCAUCGGACGACGUCGACAGCCUACUCAGCACUCAGGAGCGGCAGAAGCACGAUCGGAACAUGCGACGCCUGAGAGGCAAACUGCACGUGCUUGGCGACACCAGCAGCAGCGAGGGGGGAUUCAGGACUGAUUGGGAGAGGGACUUGCAGCAUAUGCACUUUGGGAAAUACUCAUCCGUUCAACGUCCUUGUUUGCGCCGAAGGUAA